CUUCUUCUUCUUCUUCUUUCCUGCAGGUCGUAACAGCGUCUUUCCCGUUUCGUCGACCGUCCCGAAAACGGUAUAACAAUAAUCACUGGUGAUAAGUUAUUUUCCCCAUCUGUAACACGGACGGAUCUCUUUGUUCGAAUUUGAGGAGGUGGAGGAUUUUUUUUUCCUUGGAAAACUUGUGAAAUCAACGGCGGCGUGGAAAAUGAACGAGAUGUGGCGACUCUUCUCCGCUGUUUACGCUCUCGUCACCGCCGUUUCGUCCUGUCAACAGACCGAGUUUAACUGCGGUAACGGGAAGUGCGUGCCUCUAAACAGAGUCUGCAACGGGCUGGAUGAUUGCGGAGAUAGUUCUGACGAGGUUCGACAGUGCUCACCCUGCAACAAAACUUACUACGGUAACGUGGGUAAAACUUAUGAACUGGAACUUCACCGGCCGAAGGAAGACAAGGUGCCCUACAUAUGCAAACUCGCGUUUAACGCGCCCGGAGGCGAUCUCGGCGACAUUGUGCAGCUGACAUUCGACAGCUUCACUCUCGGCCGUUUCGUUUCUUUUACGGCCGAGGGUUGCCCCGACGGUUCCCUUCAGAUCGCUGAGGCCCAGCGGCCAGACGUCGGAGGUUUAUGGUGCGGAACCUCUUGGGGACCGGCCAUUUACUACAGCGAAACGUCGAGCGUUUCUCUGACUCUACGUCUCUUGAGGUUAAGCAACGACCAGACCGGGUAUAACUUCGACUUCAGGAUGGAGUACAAGAUGAUUAGGAAGUCGGACGCCGUUGUGCGGUACGGAAAUCCGUUCGUAGGAAUGACGCAGUUGACAACGUCGCCGGUCCCGACGGUUUAUCAGACGGUUACCGAUUUGGAGAAUUCUUCGAUGACGGUUUCCGGUCAGACUGGUGAACUUCCGGUCCACACGCUGCAGCCGACUAGGUCAACAUCGUCCGAGCAGUACCUCGGGGAUUUGAUAUCCGGUACUUACUGUUCGCGUAUAUUCAGCGACUGCGACAGGAAGAAGUGCAGACUCCAAUCGCCAAACUUCCCCGGAUUGUAUCCUCGCAAUUUGACCUGUUACUACGCGGUCCGUCAGCACGAGGUGCCGCCGGGAAAGCACGCUCUCAUUUCCGUUCGGCAGUCGAGAGGACAGCUCGUCGCUGUCAGGGCCAGACCUGCGACUCAGGCCGAACCUCCGCCUCGGGAAUUACGACUUUGGCAGGACUGCGACGUCGUUCAGGAUUACGUGACCGUCUAUGACGGCUACACAACGCGGGAUCCGGUUAUACUGAAAUUUUGCGGGGGUGGAGAACCGGUACCGGAGGCGAUAAGCAGCGGGCCUGAACUCCUCGUCGAAUUCACCACCUCGCCUUUUGGUACCUUCCUACACCCGACGCCCGUGCACUCACUCCACGGGUUUCAGCUCGAAGUCCAGGUGAAGUUCGUCGACAUCAAUUCACCGACUUACUCGAGGAACAAGAGGUGCGAAUUUUGGCUCCAAGGUAACGGCGGUGGUCUUUUGGCAUCCCCGAGACACACGCUUCCUCGGAACAGCACCUGCCUCUACCAUCUCCAGGGAAUGGGACCGGCUCAGCCGAGUCCAACGCCUCCGAGACCGCUGCCAAAGUUUCCCGAACAGCGUCCUGGGACCGUCUGGAGAAAGCCGGCGCCCCGGAUCCCAGAGCCGCAGUUCAGGGUAUGGCUUUCGGUGCUCAAAUUUCACGUCGGCAGUACGAUCAACCCAACGGUGUCGGAAGAGGAGUGCGCUACCACCCUUAUGAUUUGGGACGGACAGAUGCGACCCAUGACGGAGUGCAACGACAUAUUGUGUCUAAGCAGCAGAAACCACGAAAAAGAACGUCAACGCAGCUUCGAGAGGACCGGUGAUCCCAUUCAAGCAGUUGCCGCUCGUCCAGCUGGAAACACCUCGCUCUUGGCUCGAUACUGCAAAGACAGAGUGCCGCGGACUUGCGACCACGCUAUUUUCCAAAACACAAGUCGACCCUGUUCACUCGGUGAGAGUUUUAUCUCCUCCGGAAGCACGCUGACCAUAGAAAUGCGGAUGAUCGAGUCGACGGCUCUCAGGCCAGUGAAUUUUCGCGCCUUGUACGAGUUCGUCGAUCUGCAUCAGGACGGAGAUACCUACGGAAAGGGACCUUGUUCGAGGGUGUUUUACAGCCGUAAUCGCGAUCAAUAUGCCGACAAAAAAUUUCAGGCACCACGUGACAUAUUUCUGUACGGCAGAGGAGGAUCGAAGAAUUUAAGUUGCGUCUACCGUUUCGAGGGCGAACAUGACGAGGUGGUGAAACUGAGGUUUAACAAACUGGUGAACGGUAACCGAUCGUGCCGCAGCGUUUCAAGCACGGACUUUAAUCGGCUGCUCUGCGUGGGAUCCAACAGCUUUUCCCUCAAGGUUUACGACUUCAACUGGGCGAGCGCCCCUCCCAUUCAACGCGACUGUCUUUGUUCGAACCGUUCUCUACCAAUAAACAUCGAAUCGACGUCGAGCGUCGUGGAGGUCCAUUUUACCGUGCGCAGCAUGGACGCCCUCGACGAUUACAACAAUCUUCACUUCGAGGGGGUUUGGGAUUUCGUCAAGGCUGUCCCGUGCCUGAGAAAUCAGCGGGUCAAAGGACCAAGCGGGGAAAUUAAGUUCUGGUCACCACUGAACGAAGACGAGGAGAAAAACUGCGUUAACCAUCCGUGGCUGAUUGAUCCUGGUCCUGAUCGGUACCUCUAUGUAAAAAUGCCCGGGACUAUUGUGACAAACGAGACCAACUGCGCAACCAGAAACAGAGUCGUCGUUCACACCGGUGGCGAAAUUCACGUUGCUGUUUGCCCUAAGCCUCCGCCGGACUUUCGGCAUCACGUUGUCGAGGUCUUCAGCGACGGCUGGGCCGUCGGUAGCAACGCCAUGAUCCUUGCGCCAGGAUCGGAUCCGGCCAGAAGCAUCGCCGUAGAGUUUAUCGGGGAUGAAAUAGACUCCUACACCGUCACUUGGCUCGAAUUGUCCAGAAGACCGAGCGUGACGACACCUGCGGCCGGUCUUCAGAGGCCUCGGGACUGCGAACAAAGGUGUCCGGAAUUGGAUGCCUGCAUAAACGCGUCGCUUUGGUGCGACGGCGUGUCGCACUGUCCGUCAGGCUACGACGAAGCCUUGACGCACUGUUCGAUGCUACUGCGUCUGCCGCCGUUGCACCUUGGUCUGGGCCUCUUGUCGUUGGUCUCGAUAAUCGGUGUUCUGGUGUUCGUGACGUGGCGGAUAUGUCGUCAGAAGAGGAACCGCUCGAUAUCCCAGCAUCGGCUUAAGAGCAUAUCAUCGGAAACGGCGAUAAUCGACGGGAAGGAAGUGAUUUGCUGACAAAGCGACAGUUCCGUACGCUACGUUGAGGUUGACCGUGUAACGACCGUCUGACGACCGCGUGCGGUAUCGUUACUAUUGAUUAUAGCAAGGUUCGCCCCGGAUUUUGCGCGAAAUUCGUCAUCCUUGGGACCAAACUGCGGGACAUCAUUCGCUCGAUGACCAUUCGGUCGGAGUUUUUAACAACUCUGUACCAUUGUACAGAGCGAAUUUCUAACGGCUGCAUCGUCCGUCGUCUCCUAAAAUUUAACGCGCAUGCGCUACAAUCCGGGAGCUAUUGUUUGCCAGGAUGACCAACCGUCGUAAAUCUAACCUCAAAAUUCUUACUAUUUUCACCGGCAUGCAGUUGUGCUCAACAUGAACAGGUGUCGACAUUUUUAGGGUUACGUUUAUGUCGCGGUUGGUCACCCUGGCAAACUCUGGCUUGCUAAAUGUAGCGCCUGCGCAUUGAAUUUUAGCACACGACGGACCGUGCGGUCGUUAGGAAAUCAUUCUGUAUACCGAUGCAGUUAUUUGUUCCUUCGGAUUAAUGACGAUCACGAUGACAAAUGUCAUUAUGAUCAUUCGUUGAUCAUUCUCGCGCCGGUUCCAAUGCGAACCCCUCACCGACAGCGUACAGAACUGCGUUUAUUCAACGAACUAUUAUCUUAAGCGUACUUGUAGCGUACUAUGUACACACACACACACACACAUUCACACACACACACACACGCACACACACAUACAGAUACGAAUAAACGAAAAUCGGAUAGGAUGGAAAUUUAAAAAUUGGUGGAGAUUUUUAUUCGGAAAAAUGAACAGCAGAUGUAAUAGGAUGAAAAAUUGUUAGUUCGUUCCACUUAAUUACAUCUGCAUGCAAGGCAAUUAAUCUUGGCCACGCGGUAUUUUAACCUUCUGUAUUUUUUACGAUUAAUUAGUGUAUGACGUGAAGUUUCAAUAGGAAAUACACGUAAUAUUAUAGCGAAGAAUUUCGCAAUCCUGAUCAAAUCGAGGUAGAUUUUUUUUUAUUUUGCCCGAGAGAAAGACAAGAUCGAAGAAUAUCGAAGAAGGAGAAAAUAAUACAAAUCCGCGAUCGAUCUAGAGGCAUUUUUUUUUUUUUUUUAAUUAUUUUUCCGCAUUUUCUCUUUCACUAAGUUUCUUCGUUUCGGUUAUUCUGAACAUCGCGAUUUUUCGGCAUAUAUACAAUAAUCAUAUACGGAAAGGAUCAACUUCACGGUGAUUGAAUUAAUAAAUAAGAAUGCAACGUGUAAUAAAGGGAAGAAUCUAGCACUGGGGGAUCUCGUUAUAAAACUGUAAAUUUCAUUGUACAUUAUAAUUAUAGAAACGUUGUUUCCGAUAUAGGUACAUAUAAAAUAUUUAUACACGUGUAUAAAUAUAAAUCUGUAUAAGUAAACCAGUGGGAUGAAUAGCAACGAUUGCUGAUCGAUAUAUAUAUAUAUGAAGCGAUUAUUGAAUUAAUUUAUAGGUAAUACACUAUAUGACCAAGUCGCGAUACUAUGUGUAUAUACAUAUGAAUAAAAAAAAAAAAAAAAGCACACCCACGGAAUAGCAUAUAUGUAUAUGUAUAUUGUAUACAAUAUCCAUGCAUACGUAUCGUUCUAGAAAGAAGAAAAAAAAAAACGACAAAAAAAAAACCAAAAAUUUGAUGCAAUUAUAUAAUGAAUAUAACGAUGCAGAUUAUUAGGUGAAAUAUCGAAGGAAAUCGGUAUAGAUAUAUACAUAUAAAUAAUUACCUAUAUAGUAGUGUAAGUAGCCUGAAAUUAUGUGAUAUAUAAUACUGUUUUCCCUCGGAGCAGAGCUUCGAUUUACGUUGUUGACGCCGAGGUGUGAAAAUGUAUGGCGUGAGAAUGAUAUUAGAUGCACAUGCCGGUGCUGCAACCGCGUCUCCUUAACUCAUCUUAUAAUUACAUCCUGUUCAUGUAUCUAUACGUAUACCUAUUACUCAUUCUAUACAGAUACCUGUAAAUAUUUCAUUUAAUCUAAAAUUUGUAACGAUAAUAACAAUACGUUAUUAUUAUUCACGCGCUUUCACUUGCAAUGAUCUUGCUCGAUUGAAAAUAGUUGCAUGUAAUACCAUUCGACAGUGAAUAAUGGGAAGAAAAAUUUAUCAAAAACUGCAAUACUGAAUCUUCACUCUCAGCGUAAUUAAUAGAAAAUUUUUUUGCCAUCGAUUCGUGGCAAAAAUUCAUCAUUAAACGGUGAUUUUUUUUUUUUUUUAUUUGUUAUAUAAAAAAAAUAAAUAAAAUACCGCAAAUAAACUGCUGUGUAAAGGUUUUGCAUGUGGAAGGAAAGUUGUUGAGAGCUGCGUAAUAACUACUACAUGAUAAGAUAGUAAAGAUAUUACAAUAAUAUACGUAUGAUAAUUUACAUAAAUUUGAAGAACGGUUCGUUGAAGAUUAAAGCAUUUCGAACAGCUAGCCGGAAGCACACCGCCAUUAUUCGACAUCGGUCACACAUUGCGUACACAAUAACAAUAGUAAUAAAUAAUAAUGAUUUGAAAGAUAGAAGAAACAUUAUCAUAAAUUAUAUUACGACAAUUAUUAUCACAAUUAUACGUCGUAGUUAUCCCGUGUUUUUUAUAUAAAAGGAAGACAAUCGUUAAUAUACCCGAGUGAGGUUUCUAUUCGAAUUGUGUGUAGCGUGAUUAAAUUUAUAAGAUUGUUGACGAGAUUUUUAAACCCGUACUGUAAUAGCAGAUAUCAUUACGUCGCGAAUUAUUUUCAAGACUGUCGUAAUUUCUGGAUUUAAUUUCUCAUUUUUCGUCAAUUGGCAAUCCCAGAUAGAAAUUUUCACGUCGCAUUUUAUAUCAAUAGAUGGUAUUAAUUUUUUAAACUUCUUAGUUGCUUUCUUAGCUCCUAAAUUCAAUGAUUCGUCUACGAAGCUAAGAGAAAACAAAAUCCCAGAUACAAAUAACUGUAUUCAAUUUUUCAUUUAUAUAAAAAUUACCUACGCGCGCAACGACGCAUUUUAUUAACGGUGAGUCGGUCGUUAUACAUAGAAGAGAAUAUGAGACAAUACGUAAUAGAUAUUUUUUUAUAACAAUAAAUGAAAAUAUACGAAGUUACAUCCCAUCGUUGUCCCAUAUUCCCUUAUUCGUUUUCUGAUAUGAUAAUUCUUACGCAAUUAUCGUAUUCGAUGCCUGUGGUAUAAUUCGCCGUGUGACGAAAACAGGAUUUUCUACUUAUAUGUAUAUAUUUCUUUCCUUUUUCAACGACUGACACGUUGUAUUACGCAUAGAUAUAUUUAAUAUGUGUUCCACCUGAUUCCAUGUAGGUACAUAACGCAGCAAUAUUAUAUCAAAUAUAUCGUUGAAAAAAGUAGAUGAGCUGUAAAAAAUCGUAAUAAUAAAUUAUGCACAAUUCGCGCAGUGCGCUACUCGAUGAAAUUUUGUGAAAAUUUAUGAUGAUUAUAAUAAUCUAAUGAAAAUAGAAAAAUUCACCCGCGUCUUAUUAUAUACCGUACGGGUUAUAGAUUGAAUUAAUAUAAUUAUUCUUCGAAAAACGUGUUAGCGAAUUGACUUUUAGAGGAAUUUGAGAAAAAAAAAUUAAAUAAAAUAAAAUACAAAAAAAUUCACUGUAAAGACGAACCGCAUUAAUCAUUGUUGUUCAGGAUGUGAAUAUACGUGUAAUAUGUAUGAUACGCAAAUCGAGACAAAAUUUUAUCGAUGCUUUCCGAUAUACUGCCAAUCUCAGCGUAAGUUUUUUCAACUAACUUCGUAUAAAAUUGUACUGAUAAAAAAAAUUUGCAAAAAAAAAAAAUAAAAA